UGGGGUUUCACCAUGUUGCCCAGGCUGGUCUUGAGCUCCUGGCUCAAGCGAUUCACUCACCUCGGCCUUCCAAAAUGCUAGGAUUACAGGAGUGAACCACCGCGCCUGGCCCCAAGGUCAACUUUAUGGUCAAUGAAAACGCCUGGCCCAGAAAGUCUGACCUAAUGUAUCCUCCACUUUAAAGAGAGCUUGCUUCUCCCUGUUCCUUAUUGGGAACAUUGUGUAUUCACCAUACACACUAUACAGACUGUCAGAUUGGCAGUACACACUGUUUCCCAUAAUGUGGUGGACACAAUACUCAUCAGUAAAGGUACCUGCUGGCACCUUCUGGACUUAGGGAUGAUAACUGGGGCUAUCAUUGGACUGGCAGUGCCUCCUAGUGGCCACAGCUCUAAAGAUCUCCCUCCAACUGAAAAGCAGCCAGGGCAGCAAAAGCCCACCAGGCAACCCCUGCCUUACCCUCUCCUUUCUUCUCAGUCUUGUCCUCAUAUCAUGCAGUGAGAAGUCGGUGCUGAUCAGGCUAUCAUCAUAUACCAGUCUUUUCAGUAUUUAACUGACAGAAUUCCCAAAAAUGACGUGGCAAUGAAAAAAAUUGGGAGGAGGGAGGAAAGGUAGGGAAUCCAAAUAGAAAAAAUAAUCAUGAAUAACCUUAGAGUAGGUCAUUGUGAAAAGUGCUUUGUAAUAAUGUGGUCAUUGUUGUUCCUUCCCAUCAACCCUGUGGGAGCUCUGACACCCCAUUAAGCUUUAUCAAGAAUAAUUUCAGAUAUGUUACAAAGAUACGCAGAGAGGCCCAGCUGGUUUCUCCACAAGCUUGUAUUCUGAAAAGAAUACACAUGAUCCCAAAGAUCGUAUUUUAAAGUGUAUAUGCUUCAUUAAAAUGAAAGAUGAUAAAUCAUGUCUACAAGCAUAACCUUGAGAUUACUGUCCUUAGGCCCUUGCUGGUGUGGGGUAUGCAAAUGUAGAUUUUGAUCUGGGAAAGAACACCUCUGGCAACUGUACAGGAAUCGGGAAGGCUCCACUUCUCUAUGAAAAAGACCCUGUAAUGGAUAAGGCCGUGCCACAAGAUGAAGUGGAAAGUUUGUUCCUGCUCCCUCUGAACUCUUCUUCUGUAUGCUCCCGUGGUCUCCAGGGCAUUCUCUGCCCUCAUGCAGUGUCUUGUCUCCUCUAGGGACACCUUCCAACGGUACCUUCUUUUCCAGACAAUGCCCACAUUCCAGUCCUUUCUCUUUCCUAUUUCUACCUUUUCUUCAUCAAAAUACAUUUAUCCCAUCCAUUCUUUCAGGGUCUUGAUGUAUGUUCUGAUAAGGUAGUUUAUGGUAAGAUUUAAAAAGCAGGUCACCACCCAUUGUUCUGUUCCUUCCUUAGACAUUUGCAUUUUAACUGUGGACUCCUGACAUCCUGAACUACCUGGGCUUGGAAACCAAAAGUCUUAUCUCCCAAAUACACACCACCCACCUCCAUUGCCCCCCAGUGGUCAAUCCCAAAGAUGACACUGUUGAGACAGAAUGCCCUUUGCUUCCCUGAGUUCUGUUUGAACGUCCCCACAAAUGACACCCUUGGAUUGUCACUGCAUUGACCAAUGACUCCACGUACCAGAGUCCAAGGGCUUUGGUCUGGGGUCUACAGGCACCGCAUUCUGACAUGGAUUCCUUCAACCCACAAACAGAGAGGGGUAACCCAAGAAAUACACAAGCCCUCUGGGACAGAGCAGUAGGCUUUCUCUCCAAUGAUUGUUGCUUGCCAACAAAGGUUUUGGAUAUCUGUGGAAUAUUCCAAAAGGAGAGAAUCUGGCAAUUCUUCAGAAGAUUCUAGGCAAUUAAAAUUCAUCAAGUCCAGAUUUUUAAGAGUUAGAGGGAGAAGUGAAAGGUAAACGGUGGCAACAAUUAGGGAACAUUAUGCUGCAAGCCUGACAUUUAUGAUGCCGUUGACUUGGUCUUGUCCAGCAGGUUUCUUGGGUUUCUCAGAAAUUUCUAGAAUAUGCACCUCGCAUAUUCUGGGAGUCAAGAACUCCCAGGAACAGCCCAAGUCCUCCUCCUCUCACCCCCACCGUCAGCCCUUUUUCCCCUCCUCCCAAACCUCCCACCCACUGUCCGCGUCAGCGCCUUCCCGGCCAGAACCGCUUUACCCGUCUCCAGGGUAGCACCGUUGGGCAGCCCAGCCAACGCUGUCGCGUGGAGCGGCGCCCGCAUCCCCAUGCGCGCAGGCGGCUCCGGGGCCGCGCCGCGCUGAUUCGCUGCCGGCCGCGCAGACUGCGGCGCCAGCGACGCUCCCGCCCCUCGCCGCGCGCCGCCUGGUGCAGCCUCAGUCUCUCCGCAGCCGCGCGGCCACUGCGAGCCCAGCCGCAGCAGCCGGGCACCAACGCUUGAGUGCACGCUCGGCGCCCCUGAGGAGAGCCACGGCGAGCCCCUAAAGCCCGCACGAUGCAGGCCACUGCCGAUUCCACCAAGAUGGACUGUGUGUGGAGCAACUGGAAAAGUCAGGCUAUUGACCUGCUGUAUUGGCGGGACAUCAAGCAGACGGGCAUCGUGUUUGGGAGUUUCCUGCUGCUGCUCUUCUCCCUGACCCAGUUCAGCGUGGUGAGCGUCGUGGCCUACCUGGCCCUGGCCGCACUCUCAGCCACCAUCAGUUUCCGCAUCUACAAGUCUGUUUUACAAGCUGUGCAGAAAACCGACGAGGGCCACCCUUUCAAGGCCUACUUGGAGCUUGAGAUCACCCUUUCUCAGGAGCAGAUUCAGAAGUACACGGACUGCCUGCAGUUCUACGUGAACAGCACACUUAAGGAACUGAGGAGGCUCUUCCUUGUCCAGGACCUGGUGGAUUCCUUAAAAUUUGCAGUCCUGAUGUGGCUCCUGACCUACGUUGGCGCUCUCUUCAAUGGCCUGACCCUGCUGCUCAUGGCUGUGGUUUCAAUGUUUACUCUACCUGUAGUGUAUGUUAAGCACCAGGCACAGAUUGACCAAUAUCUGGGACUUGUGAGGACUCACAUAAAUGCUGUUGUGGCAAAGAUUCAGGCUAAAAUCCCAGGCGCUAAGAGGCACGCUGAGUAAACUGAUUUCCCACCGGGGACUGGACACAAACAGGAAUGUCUGGAGUGGUAACAGCUCUCUUCUUACUCGUUACUGCAAAUUGAUUGUUUUCCCCCCCUCCCUCCAGUACCAUAAUCUUAGAGACAAACCUUAAAACAGCUGUUUUUAGGCUGUUCCUUGUACUCUUAGGAUAUUUGAGUCACUUGUGUCAACCACUAAAGUAUAGAGAAAAGUGUAUUAGAUGUGGUUUUUAAUUUUGUGUUGCUAAAAAAAGUGCAUGAUGGUGAGAGCCCAAGUUAUCUUUUCCCUCUUCGGUGUUCUUCUUCUCUUCUCUGCAAUGCUUCUGUAGCUUCUAACGUUCCCCGUGGCUAGGCCUUUCCUGCCGAGUGCUCUGAUGCAAUAGUGGAAAUCGCUUAUAUGUUCUUGGGUUGCUGGUUGGAUUAAUCUUUAAUAACAAUAUAUAGAAUUGUAGACUGAUGUUUUAGCAUUUUUCCAACACACACAACGUAAAAAUAAAAGCAGUCGACCACACUUAUGGUAAUGAGUUUUGUAUAACUUAAAAUAAUUAAAUAAAUGAAUAAAUCCAAAACGAACAUGCCGUACUUUUGUUGUAUGGGAUUGGUGGGCUGAUUUACAUGUAUGGUUACUAAAAAGUACCAGCAUGUUAACUUUAUUACAAUUUGUAUUACUUUCUCUGUAGUUCCUAAUGGAUUCAAUUACGGACUCUGGAUAUUUGCACUUAUGUACUUGAUACUGAAUGCAUAAAUAAAUGUUACUAAAUGUAGAA